AUGGUUAAAGAUUCCUCCUAUCCGCAUGCAAACGCGUCGCUCUUCCCCGAGAAAGCGAAGAAUUAUAUGUUAAUUUUAGAAGAGAAGUCGGAACUGAAGAGAAAUUUAUUGCAACUACAUAUGUUACCUAGCUGGAACCCUCUCGCUAAAGCUAUUGUAUUUUAUCAAUUAAGACCAAAAGAAAUAGGUGAAAAAAUAUCUGUUGAUUUCAUAAACGAACUAAGAAGUUUUAAAUUUCUAAGAACUAUUAUAUUCAUACAUGACCCGUUGAAGGGUGAGUUACUUUCGUAUUCCUGGACACCUUACACUGACAACAAUUGUGGAUCUAAGUGUGAUUCCGUUUACGUUCUUGAUAGAUGUACAGGUGACGUUUUUGAACAGUUAGAACCACAGAGAGAGAUGUUUCCUACUGAUAUGAAAGGUUGUCCCCUAGUAUUACAAGUUGUAGUAGCAGAACCUUAUGUUUUACGCCCAAGCAAAAAAAUUUCAAGUACAAGCUUCGCGAAUAUUUAUGAAUUUGACAAAGGAGGAGAUGUGAAUCUUGUGAAAAUAAUAGGUGAAUUCACCAACAUGACUCUGUUAAUGUGCAUGUCUAAAGAAGAAGAAAAUUAUGGCACAAUAGACCAAAAUGGUACUGCGACUGGAGCAUACAGUUUGCUUAGAAAUAAUACAGUAGAUAUGAUGAUAGGAAAUAUAGAGGUCACAAAAAUAUUACGCAAAUGGUUUCACACAUCAGUAAGCUACACGCAAGAUGAAAUGACAUGGUGCGUACCCAUAGCAAAUAAAGCUGCAACAUGGGAUAAUUUGGUAAUUAUAUUUCAGUUGCCGACCUGGAUUGCGACGUUUGCGUGUCUGUUUACGAUGGCGUUGUUAUUUCAUGUUCUUCAUUAUAGAGAAAAGGAAAGUGCAACGAAAUGCCCAAUCAGAUCAAUUUUGCUGACAUUCAGUAUGUUAUUGGGAUGGGGUGCCUCGUUCAAACCGAAGAGGAUCGUGUUUAGAAUUCUCAUAUUCUGUUGGCUACACUUCAGUUUAAACAUGGGUAUUACAUAUGAAUCAUUUCUGCGAAGCUUUUUAAUGCACCCCCGAUUUGAAAAACAAAUGAGUAGCGAAUCUGAUCUUAUACAAUCUGGGAUACAGUUUGGAGGUAGAGAGAUUUACCGAUCCUAUUUCGAGACGAAUAACUCAAGCUCGUUUUAUUUGUAUCGCAAAUAUAACUCCACAACAUUUUCUGAAGGAAUACGUCGCGUGGCUCUGGAUAGGAAUUUUGCUGUAGUAUCUUCAAGAAGGCAAGCUGAAUAUCAAGACCAAAACUUAGGCAAAGGUAAACGUUUGAUUUAUUGUUUUCCAGAAAGCAAUAACCUUUACAAAUACGGUGUAGUUCUUUUAGCUAGGAAAUGGUUUCCAAUGCUCGAAAGGUUUAAUAAAAUAAUACGACGUGUUACAGAGAAUGGAUUAAUAGAGAAAUGGAAUAAGGAAUUGUUAAUGCGUCGAUCUAAUGCUGGAGGCAUGGAAGCCAUUUUUCCGUUAAGCAUUCAACAUUUGUUGGGUGCUUUCGUAUUUAUUGGUAUUAUGUAUGCAAUAAGUACUUUGGUAUUUAUCGGGGAGAUUGUCAUAGGUUAUUUCAAGAGAAGUAAUCAUACAUGGAGAUCUGUCUUUAGAUUAAAGAAGUAA